UUCUCUUCAUAUCCAAGGGCUUUUUUAGCUCUCUCUUGAACGCGGUAUUGUUUAUAUGGCAUCUCAAGCCAGCCUCCUCCUUCAAAAACAGCUCAAAGAUCUUUGUAAGAAUCCGGUUGAUGGGUUCUCGGCCGGAUUGGUUGAUGAGAACAAUAUAUUUGAAUGGAGUGUUACGAUUAUUGGACCUCCUGAUACUCUUUAUGAAGGGGGAUUUUUCAAUGCCAUCAUGAGCUUUCCGCCUAAUUAUCCAAACAGCCCUCCAACAGUGAAAUUUACAACAGAGAUUUGGCACCCUAAUGUUUAUCCUGAUGGGCGUGUUUGUAUUUCAAUUCUUCAUCCUCCGGGCGAUGAUCCAAAUGGCUAUGAGCUCGCAAGUGAGCGCUGGAUGCCAGUCCAUACAGUUGAAAGUAUAGUAUUGAGUAUCAUAUCAAUGCUUUCCAGCCCCAAUGAUGAAUCUCCUGCAAAUGUUGAAGCUGCUAAGGAAUGGAGAGAGAUGAAAGACGAAUUCAAGAGAAAGGUAAGCCGCUGCGUCCGACGGUCACAAGAAAUGUUGUGAUCAUGUUGGCUGUUGCUACCUUCUAUUCUCUACCAUUUUCGAACACAUGGAAUGUGUUAUCAUCUAUCUUGUAGGGAGAUCAGAUGUGGUUGAUUAAAUCACAGUUCUUGUGAACCUAGUGAAUGCCUAAACUUCACCCCCUUUUUCCUUUUUUGUGCCUUCAAGUAGUAAUUUGUAAUAACUCGAAUGUUAUUUUGUAUUCGAAAGCGUUUCGGUUUUGGUUAGUGUUUAUUUACAAGCGUUGUUGUUGA